AUGUUUCGUGCCCUGAAGAAAGUGAUUCUUAAUUUAGAGAAAAUUAGAAGGAAUUUCCUUUGGGGUGGUCUUGAAGACACUCACAAAAUCAAUUGGGUCGCGUGGAGGAAAGUUGUUAUGCCCAAAGAGUAUGGCGGGUUGGGGGUGGGUUGUCUUAGAAUUCAGAAUUUGGCGCUCAUUGCGAAGUGGUUGUGGAGAUGGAGGAUGGAGCCGAAGGCCCUUUGGGUUAAAUGCAUUAAGGCUAUUCAUCGCUUGGAUAACUCCGCGGACGAGGUUAAAGCUAAUCGGGUAGGUAUUGGGCCGUGGGCGCAUUUCUUAAAGGCUGAAAGGGAUUUAUCGGGUGUUGGGGUUUAUAUUAGGGAGUUUCUGGUGAGAUCUGUAGGGGUAGGUGAUAAGACUAGGUUCUGGAGAGACGCGUGGUUCGGCAAGACUCCUUUGUGCUCCUUAUUUCCGGAUCUUUACGCCUUGGAAAUGAAUAAGUCUUGCCUUAUUAACGAAAGGGUGAUCUACGAUACUUCAGGUUCUAUCCAGAUCAUGUGGAAUUGGAAGAGAAAGAAGCUUUCAGACAAAGAGAAGGAUGAGGCGGCCGACCUUCUUUUGAUGGUAAAUUCUUUCGUUUUCAGUACCGGGCGUUUCAAAACAGGAUUCCUGUGGCGAACAAUCUUAGGAGAUUGCGCUCACUGUCACAAUGUGGUGGAGACGGUUGACCACUUGUUUCUUGGAUGUGAAAAGGCGAAGCAGGUCUGGAGAAGAAUCUCGGUUUGGUCGAAAUGGGAUUUCACGGGUUUGGAUAAUCUGGAGCAGCUCAGGUCUCUUUUGGAAGAGGCGGACUCGGCUUUGCAGCAUAAGCUUCUGCUGAGUAUCUCCGACUCGGUUUUAUGGGGUUUGUGGAAAGCGAGAAACGAAAUUCUUUUUAGGGGGAUAAAUCGGACAGGGGAAGCCAUCAUGGAAGAGGUUGUGUCGACUCUUUUCAAUUGGAUUAAACUUAGGUCCAGGAACCUCUGGUGGGUGGAAGGAAUGGAUUUCUAA